AUGGCUCACGGAUACAGUGCCGAGAAUCCGGCACCACUACAAGACAGCGAAGCGGAUAGAAGUAGUAGUGUAGAUACACAAGUAACGACCACAGAUAGUACGAAUAGUAAUAUAGAUGUACUUAUAGAGAGUUCAUAUAUUGUUAGUAACCGAAUGGCAGAUGCCAGUUCUGUGGCUCCUUUCACCCCCACCGCCGUUCUAAAAGAGAAUGCCAUCCGCGACGCCCUUCAAAGGCAACUGGAGUACUACUUUUCGCUCGAGAACCUCAAACAAGACCCGUACCUUGUGUCGCAAAUGAACUCGGAUCAGUUUGUACUGAUCUCCACGGUGGCCAGCUUCAAGUUAGUGCGCUCGCUGACCGAGGAUGUGGGUCUGAUCACCUCUGUAUUGCAAGCGUCCGAAAUGGUCGAGCUCAACGACACCCUCGACAAAGUGCGUCCAGUGCACUCGCUCAAACGCACAACUAUCAUCAUCCGCGACACGCCGGAGGGGACGAAAGAGGACGAUGUCCUGGAGAUCUUCAAACGGGACAGCACCUGUCCUCUUCCCACAGGAGUUAGGGCCGAUAUAGGAAACACCUGGUUUGUGACUUUCGACAAUGAGGAGAGUACCCGGGGAGCCCUGUUCUCCAUUCGAGAUAUGAAGAUUAGGGAAGCUCCUAUUAAGGCCCGCAUCAAGUCCGAAAACCUCCUCCGCAGUACCGGCUUUGCCCCCAAUAGUAUGGAGGUGCCCAUAUUAGGAAUGGACGGCCAGUUCCACAUGGGCAUGAUGCCGAUGCAUAUGCCGCAGAUGGGUGUGGGCAAGGACAGCAAGUACGCGGAAGUCUACACAGACAACGCGGAGAUGUACUCGGCCGACAUGUACUACCAGCAGCCCAUGUACUACCCUGGAUGGAUGCCCCAGUACUACCCUGGCAACGGCAUGGUUCCGCAGUAUCAGCAGCCCUACGCACACAUGAACAACGGCGACCCACGACGCCACUCGCAACACUCAAGCAACGGCUACCCACGAGGUGGCCGUCGCCAUAGCAACCGGGAAUGGCAUCAAAAUCAGAAGAAGUAUCAACACACCAAGGAGGGAUCUGAGCAUGCACACCAACACGCGUAUACGCAAGACACAGACAACGACGGGGAGACGAGAGGUGGCGCAGAGGAUGAGGCCGGUGAUAUGCAGCACGAGUACGGUGACCAUGGCAACGCAUACGCGAACGGGGGCUAUGGCAGUGCUAAGCAACGGAAGACACACCCACAGUACGAUGGGUACGCACACUCAGGGACGCCGCACGGGGCAGCGGGCAACGGAGACAUUGGAGUGGGCGAGAACGGUGUGAAUGGAGGUGGUGCUAACGGAGCCAAUGGUGAUGCCGGUGGUAACCCGAGGCAUUCGCACAGCCACGGAGGCACACACCGGGAAGGGGGCCGCAGGCACCACAAGAACCACAAGAAUGGGGGUUACCAUAGCAACGGCAGUCACGGUGGCGAUGGCAACCACCACCGUAACCACAACUACAAGAACCACACGCACCGAAACGGCAAUCAGCAUCAUAACUCACACCAACACAAUAACAACAAGGCAAACGCUGCGGCUAGCAAACCAGCGUCCUUCGACACGAACAGUUUUCCGCCCCUGUCCGGCGAUGGGAAAUGCGCAGACAAUUCGGAACCAAUCAAAUCCACCCAACCCUCGAGCACCACUUCGACAGCCAAUAAACUUGCUGAUAUUGUGAAAGCAAGUAUUGACAGCCAAUCAAAAGCCCCCGUUGCUUCUGCGAAUGCCACUCCGGCACAGCGCAAACAGACACAGAAGAAAGGCGCCAAUGCCACUACAGCGAACCGAACCAGCCCCAAAGACGAACACACCGGCAAGCACACUAAGAAGGAUGCGAGCGCUUCCUCGGACCAAACCAGCACUGAUACCGGCACUGCCAGUGACGCAAUAACGAAACAAACAACAUCGGCAACUGCCGCGAAUAAGAACCCGGCAUCGCUCUCGGACGCCAACCCUAAAGCUGCUGUAAGCACCAGUGCGACGACACCUGCACCUGUCCUUAAAAUUUUGGACACGUCCAGCCCCAUAAAACCGGACACUCCGGGUACACAAGAGGACCUAUCGGGAGGUGCGAAGAAAACUAGUUGGGCUCAGAUGAUGAAGUCCGCCUCCGCCGUUCCCAUGGCAACCACAGGAGCACCCUUGAGUGUAAAUGAGACACACACUGCCCCCGCAUCACCCACUAAACCAGUAACCCCAAAGAAGCACUCGGCUUCUUCCCCAAAGCCAAAGCGCAACCACUAUCGACAGAAUGGUGACCGCAGGAAGGACCACCACUCCAAUUACAAAAAGGACAAAACUCCCCAGGCCAUUCGUCGAGAUGAGUGAGUGAGAGGGACCACUUCCUCGCUUCUCCGUAUCGGUUCGCUGGGAAAUGGUUCAAUUCCAAACAAUCCAGCCUAUUCCGCGAGGAUCUUGCACUGCAUAUCGACUCGGUAUCAGACAAACGCCCGUAUUUUGGCAGAAAUGCAGACCCCCAAGCAGCUGGUUUUUCCACCGUCUCUCCAUCCCUUGCCGGGUUGCACUCGCGGUGCUUCGUCUCAUCAGUACACACCGGCUGGAUAGCUCGUAUUAUGUAGCACUGCGAAUAGACGUGUCUCUUGAUGCCUGACCAAUUAGCUUCGGGCGAGCGAUAACUGAGGCCGAGGUCUGGUUCGCGUUGUAUGUACCAUCGCAUCACGUGCUCACACCAAGCGUGACCAUGGUAGGUAUAUAUGAUAUGCCCGUGGGCUGUUCAGGUGUUGGAUAGGGAGGUGGGAAUUGGCUUGUACUGUGAUACGUGGGGAAGUAAGCAAUGGACUAAUCGCGGAUGUGGUACAAAUACUGCCGGGCCGGGUUGGAAUCGCGCCAGCUUGUGGUUAGUUCAGCACCACUACUACCAGUGAGGGGCGCACGGUCCAUGCACUCUGGCCAUCACGAUACAUGCACAAACAAACCAUUGAGAGGUAUUCUAACGCACAAAGCAGUGAACAAGUCGUAUCCGCACAAGCGAUAUCGUUAACAAAACUUUGUCACGUACAUCGGCCAGAGAGUAUUCGGUGAGAUAUACGCAUGGGCCACUUCGCUGUAGUGCGCUGUUGAUCGUUGUCGUGGAGAGCAAUUUGAAACGCGUUCACUAAGCAAGUACAAGGGCUUCAAUCUGGUUCCUGUAUAGAACAGUUGCUGGAUGGUAUUGUUGAGACACGACCCCACAAACACAUGUGGCAGCACUAUGAUUGUAAUGUCACUUCCACAGACAAUCCGACAUGUGAGAGCACAAGUGUGUAAAUUCGAGAUGAAUCGAAUACAACACUGGCGGAUCUGAAGAGAGGACAAGAAUUUUGGGUAGAGAUCUUCGAGCUGGUGUGGCUACUGGUGUAUGGUGCGAGAUACUAAAUACCAGAAUGUAUGGAAGAGGCAAGCCUGAAAGGAGGUACAAGCUGCUGGUGAAACGCAUGCCAUUAAACGCGUGUCUCGAACUGGAAAGGAAAAUUUUAUAUAUACAUCUAUAAUAUAUAUAUAUAUAUAUAUCAGAGGAAUAAAGCAAGUGU